AUGUGUUGUUGUGAAUGUUUAUCUGAUAUUUGCCUCAUAGUGGUAUCUGUGUUCUUUCCGCCGUUACCGGUUUGGAUUAGAAGAGGUCUUUGUACUUGCGAUUCCUUAAUCAACAUCUUGUUGUGCAUGUUAGGAUAUUUCCCGGGAUUAAUACAUUCAUGGUAUAUUAUCGCAAAAUACCCUCCAUAUGCUAUAAGUCAUGAAUCUAAGGUGUACUAUGUGUACCAAACACAGUCAGAUCUUGAAAAUCAGUAUGGCGAAAGAAAUUCUAGGACGUCCAGGGGUUCCAGAAAUCCGCUCCACCACCAUCACCAUCAUCACCACCAUCACCAUAGAGAACCACUAGACCAUGAGCCUUUGCCUAUUUCCAACCCUACAUAUGGCUCCACCAGUGAUAGAAAUGAUAGAAACGAAACAUCUCCGCCUGCGUACACAGAGAUUAGCAAAUAA